CAUUUACCUAAUUCACUACUCAAUUGGCUUAGACUACUCCACACCACACACAUUCCAACUUCUCACACUACAUGUGUGUGGAUAUAUUCAUAUAUCCCCAUAUAUACAUACUCUUAUCUCCAGAUUAAAUAGAAAACAGCAACCCAAGUGAUAAUUAUUGGUAUCAUGAGCCAAGAAGUUCAAGUUCCAAUUCAAGAUGGGGGUGAUCACAAUAACAACAAUCAGCAUGGGAAGAUGAUGAUGAUGAUGGUGAGAGAUCUCAAUCCCCAUACAAUGCCCAACAACCAUGCAUUGAAGAUCAGAGGUGAUUCUCAUGUCAUCAAGAAAUCUCCUCCCUCUUCGUCGGCCUCCUCGUCGAUCAUAAGUGGCGUGGCGGCCAACGCUACCGCCGCCGCCAGGCCGCAACCGCGUCAGCCGGUCAUCAUCUACACCCACUCCCCAAAGGUAAUCCACACUCACCCUAAAGAUUUUAAGGCGUUGGUUCAAAAGCUCACCGGCCUGUCACGCUCACCGGUCCCCGCUGCCGCGGACCGCCGUACUUCCCGUAUUGCUCCUCCUCCGCCUCCGCCGCCUCCUCCUCUCCAUCACCACCCUAAGCCCGAGCCUUGCGAUCAUUAUAUAGUUGAUGGAGCAAUUAAUAAUAAUAUUAAUAAUAGUGACAGUAAUAAUUAUAAUAAUAAUAAUUAUUAUAAUGAUAAUAAUAAUGUUGAGAUGAUGGGGAAAAUAGGGUUGAUGAGUGAAGAUAAUGAGUCGACGUCAGUUGUGACGGACGAAAAAGAAGGAAGCUGUAGCGCGAGCCAUGUUUUUGAGCCGCAAAAUAAUAACAGCGGUUUUGAUAAUAAUGAAUACAUAAAUAAUAAUAAUAGUAUGGAUGGUUAUUUCAAUCCUACCUCCAUGGAUUUCCUGUGCCCAUCGUCGUACAGUAACUACGUGGAUUCAUUGCUGCUGAUGAGAAGUUCCAUUUCUUCAUUGGAGAGCAUGAAAGACCUUCCAGAUUUUUGAUCCCCUAGCUAGACUUUUUUUGUUCAAUUACUCUUAAUUAGGAUUUCCAUUUUUGUUAUUCUUGUUUUUUGGGGUUUUAUUGCCAUUUUGAUGACUUGAGAUAGCCCUUUUUUGUACUUAAAUUUAUUGGCAAAAG